UGCUAUGACAGCCAAAGUGUAUCAGACAAACGAGUAGCGAUAGGCCAUAUAUAGCCAGUCCGCUCUCAUGCGCGAGUGAAGUAUUCGCGUCUGAAUUCACACCACCAUGCCGGAUCUCGGACGAGUGCACCGCUUUCGCGACCACCCCUUCGCAGGCGUCAACUGGCGACCGACUCGCUUUGUCGACGAGGUGCACAGUACGCGUGUGUGUGCCCUCUGUCGCAUGAUUCCAAAGACGACUGUGCUCCUGCCAUGUUCCCACGUUCUAUGCCAGUCGUGCCACGCAGCCAACUCCCAAGGAUGCGGUGGCAGGUGUCCCUUGGAUCAAGAGCCAUUCGAGGAAGCGGAUUGUGUCAGCUACGAUUUGCCUACCAGAACAGCGAACGCCCUGAAGGUUCAUUGCUGGAACGAAGAGCAUGGAUGCGAAUUUGAGGGAGCCGUGGAGCUUAUGCUGCGACACUACGAGAACGAAUGCACAUUCCACGCCGUGGAGUGUUUGCGAUGCGGCGAGAAAGUCCAGCACAGGGCACUGUCAACUCACUACGCAGCCGGAUGCAGAGGCGCUGUUUCUUCACCACGCUCAGAACACGCGUCUUCGGAUUCUCAAGCACUGACCCUUCAAGACGCGACGGCUGCUCUCGAAGAACUGAAAAGGCUCUUGAGGAACGCCAACCACGAGCAGCUGCUGCUUGCGAUUCAGACUCAAAUGAAUGCGCUGAUCGAACAGACCAGGAACCAGGGAGGCAGGCCUGCAGUCAUUACUCACGAUGUCGCGGCACUUGCAUCGUCACAGAUGGAUCAAGUCGCAGCACCGAGCACCUCAACCUCAUUGCAAGAGCGAACUUCUCGGCAGAAUCCAACUGAGGAAGUCAGCGCGCCGUCGACAACGCGGUCCUCCUCGGAGGAGACAACGCGGUCCUCCUCGCGGUCCUCCUCGUUGUUGCAUCGACAGCUGGAACCUCUUGUGGAUCUGCCGGAAUCUGUUCUGCGACGCAUGGGGAAAACAUCCUCGCAAGAGCUAGCUGCUCUCGAAGAAUUGAAGAAGCUGUUGAGGGAUGCCAGUCACGAGCAUCUGCUGUUUGCUAUUCAGAGUCAAAUAAAUGAGCCGAUUGGACAGGUCAAGAACCAGGAGCCCAGGACGGCCGUGAUCACUCACGCUGUCGCUGCACCUGCAACGUCCAAGAUGGCUCAAGUCGCAGCACCGACUACCUCGAAGUCGUUGCAAGAGGGAACUUUUCCGCAUAAUCAGGCUGCGGGAGCCAGCACGUCAUCGACAUUGAACUCUUGCUCGGAGGCAACGCUGAUACCUCAAUAUCUGUAA